AUGUCUCUGUCAAGUCGACAAACAGCUAUUGUUAACCCUCCACCACCAGAAUAUAUAAAUACUAAGAAGAAUGGGCGAUUGACAAAUCAACUGCAGUAUCUACAAAAAGUUGUCCUGAAGGCUUUAUGGAAGCAUAGUUUUUCCUGGCCUUUUCAACAGCCUGUGGAUGCUGUGAAACUAAAGUUGCCAGAUUAUUACACCAUUAUAAAGACCCCAAUGGAUUUAAAUACAAUUAAGAAGCGCUUAGAACAUAAGUAUUAUGUGAAGGCUUCAGAAUGUAUAGCAGACUUCAACAUAAUGUUCUCAAAUUGUUAUUUAUACAACAAGCCUGGAGAUGACAUUGUUCUUAUGGCACAAGCUCUAGAGAAGUUGUUUAGGCAGAGAUUAUCUCACAUGCCGCAAGAAGAACAAAUUGUGGGUGGUAAAGAAAGAAUAAAGAAAGGCAUUCAACAUAAUGUAGCAGUUCCUUCUGUUAAAGAAAAACAAUCCCCCAAAGCACUGGAAAAAGUAUUUAAGCCACAAGUGAUUCCCUCUGUAUUUCCUGAGACAUCAAUUUCUCCUUCAAACAUGGCACAAGGUACUCCACUCAACUCUGCCUCACAAACAGUGGCCCAAGUUACAAGGGGUGUGAAGAGGAAAGCAGAUACCACAACUCCUACAACUUCAGUAGUUAAAGCAAGUGGUGAAUCUUCCCCAACGCUUGCAGAAAAAAAAUCAGUGAACAUGCCACCUAUAAAAGAAAAUGUGCUGAAGACUGUUUUGCCAGAUUCUCAGCAACAAUGUAAAGUUGUAAAGAAUGUUAAAGUGACUGAACAGUUACGACACUGUAGUGAGAUUCUUAAAGAAAUGCUUGCAAAGAAACACUUAUCCUAUGCGUGGCCCUUUUAUAAUCCUGUUGAUGUUAAUGCUUUGGGGCUCCAUAACUACUAUGAUAUUGUGAAAAAUCCAAUGGAUCUUGGUACUAUUAAGCUGAAAGCUGUUCAUCAACAGCUACAGGUUCUCUCCCAAGUCCCUCUCCGUAAGCUAAAGACAAAGAAUAAGUCUAAAAGGGAAAAGAAGAAAGAAAAGGCUAAUAACAGAGAUGAAAAUCCAAGAAAAAAGUUUAAGCAAGUGAAAUUAAAGGGAAAGUCCAAAAACAAUCAGCCAAAGAAGAGGAAACAACAGGUGUUUGCUCUGAAACCUGAAGUUGAGGGUAAUGCUAAGCCUAUGAACUAUGAUGAGAAAAGGCAGCUAAGCUUGGAUAUAAACAAACUCCCUGGAGAAAAACUUGGGCGAGUCGUUCAUAUAAUACAUUCAAGAGAGCCAUCUCUGAGAAAUUCCAACCCUGACGAGAUAGAGAUAGACUUUGAAACACUGAAAGCAUCAACACUGAGAGAACUGGAAAAGUAUGUUGCCGCAUGUCUACGAAAAAGACCGCUAAAACCUCAUGGUAAGAAAAUAACAAAGUCCAAAGAAGAAUUUCAUUCACAGAAAAAACAGGAGUUGGAAAAGCGGUUACUAGAUGUCAAUAAUCAAUUAAAUUCUAGAAAAUGUCAAACAAAACCUGAGAAAGCGCAGCCCCCCCCGGCUGUGGGAAGUGGUUCCCGGCUGAGCGAGAGCAGCAGCGGCAGCAGCGGCAGCAGCAGCAGCUCCUCAGAGACCGAGAGCAGUAGCAGCGAUUCAGGCUCGUCCGGCAGCAGUGAUUCCGAAUCAGAAAUGUUUCCUAAAUUUACUGGAGUAAAACAGAAUGAUUCUCCUAAAGAACAAGUAAAGAUACAGUCUUCUGUGCAAGAUAAAGCAUCUGCAAAAACCACCCUUGUUUGUCAGACUUCAUAUUCAUGUGAAACACCACCAAAUCACCACCAGUUACCAUUUAAUCAUCAAGAAGUAGAACAUUUACAGAGUGUGGAAAACAUUUCACCUUUACAAAUUCUGCCUCCCUCAGGUGAUUCUGAACAACAUUUGAACGGCCUAACUGUGACGCAUCAGUCUGGUGAUAAUGAUACAGCGGUGUUAGAAUCUGAAUGUCAAGUACCUGUGCAGAAGGAUAUAAAGAUCAAGAAUGCAGACUCUUGGAAAAGUUUAGGCAAACCAGUCAAAACAUCUGGUGUACUGAAAUCCUCAGAUGAGCUCUUCAACCAAUUUAGAAAAGCAGCAAUAGAAAAAGAAGUAAAAGCUCGAACACAGGAACUAAUACGGAAACAUCUGGAACAGAAUACAAAGGAACCAAAAAUAUGUCAAGAAAAUCAGAGGGACCUUGGCUUUACUCAAGAAUCUUUUUCAAAUAAGACACAAAACCAGUACGUUGGAGAAGAACAGAAAGAACAUCAGCAGUCUUCGGAAGCUCAAGAUAAAUACAAACUCUGGCUUCUCAAAGACCGUAAUUUAGCGAGGGAGAAAGAGCAAGAGCGGAGGAGGAGAGAAGCAAUGGCUGGUACCAUUGAUAUGACUCUUCAAAGUGACAUUAUGACAAUGUUUGAAAACAACUUUGAUUAAAACUUAUUAACCAUCAACUUAAAAUGAGUGAUCUAAAAGAUUAAAAUGCAUAUGGUAAAAUGAUUGCUUUCAAACACCAAGAUACCAAUCUUAUAUUGUAUUUUGACUGCUCUAAAAUGAUUAAACAAUUUUCACAUA